AAUGUAGUAAGAUAGAAUCACAGGAGCUCCCUAAGUAGCUAGCUCGCCUUUGGUUGGAAGAAUGGGCGCGGCGUGCGCUGACGACGCCGUUGCUGACAUAGAAGACUAUGCUGAAGGUAGUAGUGAUGACGUGCGACCAGCGCGGCCAGCCUUCCUUGGGCGCAGAGCGAAAGUUGAAGAUGCGUCGGCGGUCGCAGCACCAGCGAGUGUGCCAGGAACACAGGCGGUGUGGGUGAAAACGUUCGGCUGCUCCCACAACAUAUCGGACUCAGAAUACAUGGCCGGGCAGCUCAGCGACUACGGCUACCGGCUGGUGGAGGACGCAGAGCGAGAUGCCGCGGACCUGUGGCUCAUCAACAGCUGCACGGUCAAGGGGCCCAGCCAGGCGGGCAUGUCCAACCUCAUCGCCGCGGGGAAGGCGGGCGGCAAGCGCGUGGUGGUGGCGGGCUGCGUGCCGCAGGGAGACAAGAAGCUGCCGGAGCUGCAGGGCGUCAGCGUUCUGGGCGUGACCCAGAUCGACCGUGUGGUUGAGGCGGUGGAGGAGACGCUGCGGGGCAACACCGUGAGCAUGCUGGCGAAGAAGGCACUGCCGCGGCUGGACCUGCCCAAGGUGCGCCGCAACAAGCACAUCGAGAUUGUGCCCAUCUCCACUGGCUGCCUGGGCGCCUGCACCUAUUGCAAGACCAAGCACGCGCGCGGCCACCUGGGCAGCUAUGACCCGGCGGCGCUGGCGGAGCGGGUGCGGCAGGCGGCGGCCGACCCCUGGGUGCGCGAGAUCUGGCUCAGCAGCGAGGACACGGGCGCCUACGGCCGCGACAUCGGCUCCUCGCUGCCGGAGCUGCUGGACAAGCUCAUUGCCGUACUGCCGCCCGACGGCCGUACACUGCUGCGUGUGGGCAUGACCAACCCGCCGUACGUGCUGGAGCACCUGGAGGCUCUGUGCAAGGCGCUGCGCCACCCAUGCGUCUUCUCCUACUUGCACGUGCCCGUCCAGAGCGCCAGUGACGCCGUGCUUGAGGCAAUGAAGCGCGAGUACACCGUGGCGGAGUUCCGGCGUGUCAUUGACACGCUGCUGGCCGGCGUGCCGGGCAUGGAGCUGGCCACAGACAUCAUCACCGCGUUCCCCGGCGAGUCCCCCGAGGACCACGCGGCCACACUGGAGCUGCUACGCACCUACCGCUUCCCGCACACCCACAUCUCCCAGUUCUACCCGCGUCCCGGCACACCGGCUGCGCGGAUGAAGAACAAGAUUCCCACGCAGGUGUCCAAGCAGCGCUCCCGGGAGCUGGCGGCGGAGGUGGACAGCUGGGCCGACGUGUACCAGCACCUGGUGGGCACGGUGCAGCGGGCGGUGGUGGUGGACACGGCGGCGGACGGCGUGAGCCUGGUGGCCCACACCCGCAGCUACACGCAGGUGCUGCUGGAGCCGCAGCCGGGGCUGAUGGGGGCGGUGGUGGAAGUGGCCAUUGACAGCGCCUCGCGCUGGUCCGUGCGCGGCCGCGUGGUGGGCUGGCACUUCAGGCCGGACAAUGUGGUACUAGAGGACGCGGCCAUGUGCUCGGCAGCGGCCAAGGCAGCAGCGGCCAAGGCAGCGGCGACGAGCCCCGGGGUGCAGGCAGCCACACCUGCUGCCGCGGCAUGCUCGUCGAGCGAGUGCUGCGGCGGGUCGACCUGCGGCGGCGGCGGCGGAGGCGGAGGCGGCGGCGGAGGCGGAGGCGGAGGCGGAGGCGGAGGCGGAGGCGGAGGCGGAGGCGGAGGCGGAGCCGGCAGCAGCGGCGCGGGCGCGGGCGCGGGCGGGGCUGCAGGAGCGGGUGUUGCUGGCGCGGUCAACGGCGAUUGCGAAGGCGCGGGAGCAGCGGCGGCCGGGAUGGGGGCGUGCGGGGCUUCAUGUGCCUGCAUGGGCUCCGGUCUCCACACGGCGACCUCGGGGCCAGCGCUGUCAGGGCGGGCGGCGGAGCAGCGGGCACAGCAGCAGGCGGCGACCACGUCAUCUGCAACACCCCCAUCAGCCGCCGCGCCACCAGCAGCAGCAGCAUCCCUAACGUCCACGACCUCACAAAAGGCGGCGGCAGCACCUGUGACCUCCACAAGCACGCUGGGGCCUGCCAGUGCCGCACACAGCAGCCGGGGGCAAGAGGCCGACUCCAAGCCGUCUGCAUCUGUAUCACCGGCAGCAGCAGCAGCAACAGCAGCGGUCAGCAGCAGUGCGGCGCGGCCUCCUGCCGGCUCUGCAAGGCCGCUCGCGCUAUCAGAUGGGCUGGUGGUGCUGGCGAUGGUUGUUGGGCUGGUUGGGAUGCUGCUUGCGGGCACUGCGGCGCUUUUAGAGCUUGUGUACGGUAUCGGGGGCAACAUUGCGGGCUCCGGAGGUGGGCAUGGAGGCGUGGCGGGCACGCAUGCCGGGGCGUCGCCGGCGGGGAGAUGAGGCGAGGUCUAUCUUAGUUGUUUUGCCAUUUUGCGAAAGGUCUAGGUUUGCUCAUGGCGGGACGCCAGUGGCAGUUGCCUGCUUUCCUCGCAUACAUCGAACACCAAAUUGCUCGCUGGUCGUGGUGAUUGCGGGUGGCCUUGACCGCUGCUGUUCAGGGCUGUUGCGGAUUGUGGAGCGUGCGCGGCGGUGGUUAAUGCUGCUGGUGCUUACGUGCGCGUGUGCAUGGAAGGAAUGGU